GCCAGAUUCCGGAUACUUCCAUGCUUUGGCUAAAACAGGAACCUUUCAGUGGAGUUUACUAUGUGCUGUGCCAGUACCACUGUCUGUUGUCACGAUUCUGAGGACUGUUCAUAGGAUUACACUCUCUUGUGUCUAAAUCUGGAAAAAUGUCUGAUGAGCUGUUUUAUUCCAGCGUGAUUCUCCCCAAACCCUGCGAUUUAGCCGUCGAAGUAAAAAAGAACGAGGAAGUGGUGUAUGCAGAAGUGAGAAAAACAGAAUUACCUCCAUUAGAAACUGCUCUGGAUCCAGCUGGCCAGCAAUCUGUAUCUUCUGCUGGGUCCCCAGAGAAAAGUGAACCCAGAGUUCAACCCAAUAAAAAGGUUGUGGUGUCUUCUGUAGUGUUGUGUGCUCUCUUAGUGGAAGGCAUCAUAGCCCUCUGUGUCUGCUAUAUACAGCUCAGAAACAGCAAUGCAACUAAUCAGGAGAUACAAACACUCAACAAAAAUCUGACUGCUGAGAAGGAAAACCUGGAAAGAGAAAUCAGGGAACUGAAAAUUCAAGGAGAUGAAUACAGAAUGGAGAGAGAUUCAUUGAAUCAGACACUGAUGACCAUUUUGCAGUUUGAUAACUUUCCCGUGACAAGCUACUGCGAAGUAUCGAAUUCUAGAACAAAAGAGAGACAGUGUUCACCAUGCCAAAUGGGUUGGAAACUCUACAAUUCCAGCUGUUACUACGUAUAUCUUAGCAGCCCUUGGAAAACCUGGUCUGACAGCCGCCAGGAAUGUAUUAAAAUGGGGGCAGACCUGGUAACGAUAGACAGUGAGGAUGAACAGAGGUUCAUUAGUCAGCUUGCCCCAAACUACUAUGACAAGUGGCACGGUUACUGGAUCGGACUGAGAAGGAGUUCAAAUGGAUGGUUCUGGGUGAAUGGCGAUCCACUGACUACAGGGUUCUGGAUUGCUCAACCAUCUGAGAAUUACUCUUCUGAAGAAUGUGUAUUAACAAACACAAAUGACAGCACCUUGUAUAACUGGAGGACUAAUGAUCAAUGCACAAUGUUAAACAAGUGGAUCUGCGAGAUCAAAUCUCUGACAUUCUGAGUUUGCAGUUGGAAACCAGCUGUGUGGUGGAGGUUGGAAGGUUGUUUCUCAUACCUAAAUGAAAUACCUUGUUCCACCAUGCCACCUACUUUAGCACUGCAAGUGAUUUCACAAGUAUAUGUACUGUACUUAUUUUCCCUCCAAACUCAGUAGAACAUGAAACUGAAUCCCGAUCUUGGUGUGCUUCAAAGUUAAACCCGAAAAAUGCUUUUUAAGGAAAUAUUUCUUUUUUGCGAGAGCUGGUGGGCAGUAGUGGGCCACGGUUCAUUUGCUGGACAGCUUACCCCGCUCCGAAGGUUUAGCGAGGGCCAGUUGCCGCAUUUAAAUGCAAUCUUUCCACAGCGGCUGGUCUGAGGGCUCAGUGGGGAAGACCACCUGAACUGGAAUCAGUAUUGUUGGUUGAGCGGUCAUGGUUUAGUUGCACUGGUUUUGUCGCUAUGGUGUGUGAUGUGUUGUGUUUUGCUCACCCUGAAGCCUUAAGUGUCCCGGUUUCGUGGUGACUUUUGCUGAAACAAUAAAACCUGCAUUGGUGGUGAAAGCAGCUCUUCAGGCCCUUUGUCCUGCCCGUGUGGACACUUCCAUGCCACCACUGC